UGGGAAGUAACAGCCCUCCACAGAGAAACUGGAAGGGGAUUGCUAUUGCCCUGCUGGUGAUUUUAGUUGUAUGCUCACUCAUCACUAUGUCAGUCAUCCUCUUAACCCCAGAUGAACUUACAAAUUCAUCAGAAACCAGAUUGUCCUUGGAAGACCUCUUCAGGAAGGACUUAGUGCUGCGUGAUCCUGAAGCCCGAUGGAUCAAUGAUACAGAUGUGGUGUAUAAAAGCGAGAAUGGACAUGUCAUUAAACUGAAUAUAGAAACAAAUGCCACCACAUUAUUAUUGGAAAACACAACUUUUGGAACCUUCAAAGCAUCAAGACAUUCAGUUUCACCAGAUUUGAAAUAUGUUCUUCUGGCAUAUGAUGUCAAACAGAUUUUUCAUUAUUCGUAUACUGCUUCAUAUGUGAUUUACAACAUACACACUAGGGAAGUUUGGGAGUUAAACCCUCCAGAAGUAGCGGACUCCGUGUUGCAGUAUGCGGCCUGGGGUGUCCAAGGGCAGCAGCUGAUUUAUAUCUUUGAGAAUAAUAUCUACUAUCAACCUGAUAUAAAGAGCAGUUCAUUGCGACUGACAUCUUCUGGAAAAGAAGGAAUUAUUUUUAAUGGGAUUGCUGACUGGUUGUAUGAAGAAGAACUUCUGCAUUCUCACAUCGCCCACUGGUGGUCACCAGAUGGAGAAAGGCUUGCCUUCCUGAUGAUAAAUGAUUCACUGGUGCCUAACAUGGUCAUCCCUCGGUUUACCGGAGCGUUGUAUCCCAAAGGAAGGCAGUAUCCGUAUCCUAAGGCAGGUCAAGUGAACCCAACAAUCAAAUUAUAUGUUGUAAACCUAUAUGGACCAACUCAUACUUUGGAACUCAUGCCACCCGACAUCUUUAAAUCAAGAGAAUAUUAUAUCACAAUGGUUAAAUGGGUAAGCAAUACCAAGACAGUGGUCAGAUGGUUAAACCGACCUCAGAACAUUUCCAUCCUCACAGUCUGUGAGACCACAACUGGUGCUUGUAGUAGAAAAUACGAGAUGACAUCAGAUACGUGGCUCUCCAAGCAGAAUGAGGAGCCCGUGUUUUCUAGAGAUGGCAGCAAAUUCUUUAUGACAGUUCCUGUUAAGCAAGGGGGCCGUGGAGAAUUUCACCACAUAGCCAUGUUCCUCGUCCAGAGUAAAAGUGAGCAAAUAACCAUGCGGCAUCUAACAUCAGGAAACUGGGAAGUGAUAAAGAUCUUGGCAUACGAUGAAACUACUCAAAAAAUUUACUUUCUGAGCACGGAGUUUUCCCCCAGAGGGAGGCAGCUGUACAGUGCAUCUACCGAAGGAUUAUUGAAUCGUCGAUGCAUUUCAUGUGAUUUUAUGAAAGAACAAUGCACAUAUUUUGAUGCCAGUUUUAGUCCCAUGAAUCAACAUUUCUUAUUACUCUGUGAAGGUCCAGGGGUCCCAAUGGUCAGCCUACAUAGCACGGACAACCCAGCAAAAUAUUUUAUAUUGGAAAGCAAUUCCAAGCUAAAGGAAGCUAUCCUGAAGAAGAUAGUGAAGUCAGAAUUUAAAACGGUUCAUAUUGAUGACUAUGAACUUCCUUUACAGUUGUCCUAUCCCAAAGACUUUACGGAACGAAACAAGUAUGCUCUUCUGUUAAUAAUGGAUGAAGAACCGGGAAGCCAGCUGGUUACAGAUAAGUUCCACAUUGACUGGGACUCAGUGCUUGUCGACACAGAUAGCAUCAUCAUUGCGCGAUUCGAUGGCAGAGGAAGUGGAUUCCAGGGCCUGAAAAUUUUGCAGGAGAUUCAUCGAAGGUUAGGUUCAGUGGAAGCAAAGGACCAAAUAACAGCUGUGAAAUCUUUACUGCAACUACCAUACAUUGACUCCAAUAGAUUAAGCAUUUUUGGAAAGGGGUAUGGUGGCUAUGUUGCAUCAAUGAUCUUAAAAUCAGAUGAAAAGCUUUUUAAAUGUGGAUCAGUAAUUGCACCCAUCACUGACUUGAAGUUGUAUGCUUCAGCUUUCUCUGAAAGAUACCUUGGUAUGCCAUCUAAAGAAGAAAGCACAUACCAGGCAUCAAGUGUGCUACAUAAUAUCCAUGGCUUAAAAGAAGAAAAUAUAUUAAUAAUUCAUGGGACUGCUGACACAAAAGUUCAUUUCCAGCACUCAGCAGAAUUAAUAAAACACCUAAUAAAAGCUGAAGUGAAUUAUACUAUGCAGGUCUAUCCAGAUGAAGGUCAUAGCAUAUCUGAAAAGAGCAAGUAUCAUCUCUACAGCACAAUCCUCAGAUUCUUCAGUGAUUGCUUAAAGGAAGAAAUAUCCAUGAUCCCACAGGAACCAGAAGAAGAAGAUGAAUAAUGGACUCUAUAUAGAACUAAGGGGAUAUUGAGGCUCAAUGAAAUCUAACCAAGAGACUGUAAUAUUGUAGAUGCUGCAGAAUUCCAAGGGCAGCUUGAGGAGAUGACACUGGAACAGCACACUCAGAGACAAUAAACUAGAAUUUGAAUACAGAUGUCCAAGUCUACUGUUUUGCCAAGGGUGCAGAACCUGUUUCUUUGUGUAAGGAAGGUCAAAUGGUUGGUUUCUUAGGAGAAAUUAGUUUUGCAUUAAAGUAGGAAUAGUGCAUGUUUUUUUCUGUUAUCCCCUCUUUGUUCUGUAACUAGUUGUUCUCGUUUUAAUUUUAAUGGCCACCAUCUUUGAAUACAAUGCACAACAUAUCAGUACUAUGGUCCCUGAUCUUUGGUGGCUGAGCGGCAGUCUAACACUUUACUGUACCUUUACAAUAAGUGCAAUUCCUUCAUUGCCUAUUAUUAUGCUUAAGAAAAUAUUCAGUUAAUAAAAAGAGGCUAUUUUAUGUAAUUUCUGUUUACAAAAAAAAGCAUUGUUAAAUGGGUCAAAGGUCAUGUAGAAAUAUGGAUUUUAGCACCUUCCAAAGUUCAGCCAGUUACCAGUAGAUAUGAUAUUGUUAAACCAACACACAAGUGUGCGUUGAACAAUAUAUAUAUACACACUUGUGCAUAUGCAAUCAAUAAAUUUAUCUUUACAUGUUAUUCAUGCUACAAAGGAUAAACUUUUGAUGAACUAGAAGAAAUGCUCUUUUACAGGCUAUAAUGGAAGCUUUGUUUAAUGAGCCAAAUAUGAUGAAACAUUUUUUUCAAUUCAAAUUCUAGCUAUUGCUUUCCUCUAAAUGUUUGGGUUGUGUUUGGUAUCGUUUUUAGUGGUUAAUAGUUUUCUAGUUGCAAUUUAAUUAUUUGGAUAUGAUACCUUGUCACUUGUAAAUUAGAUACUGAAAUAUUAAAUUAUAGUUUCUGAUAAAGAACUUUUGUUAACAAUGCAAUGCCACUGAGUACUAUUUUGCUCUUUUGGCGGAGAAGGCUUUUUUAAAAACACUUGGUCCUUUUACUUCUCUCCCUCAAUUCAGAAUCAAUUCUCUUUUUCAUUGUAAAAGCAAAGAGCUGGAUUAUUUCUUUUGCUAGUUCCUAUUUAGUAUUUGGUGCCUGCCCAAUUCACCUGUUACUGUUUAAUUUCAAUAUUUCUAGAGUUAGAAACGAAAUAUUUUUUAUUCAUUGAUGAAAAGUUCACAAACAGCAGUGUCUGCUGUUAACUUGAGAUGAAGGCACAAGACGCAUUCAUUCCUGGUCUGUGCUAACUUGCAGUGGUAAGCAACUGAGAAAGUAAAAUAAACUUCACUGUCUGAAGUCAAUGUAAGUCAUGAGGGGAUUAAAUUUGGUGACUAAAGUCUGAGUAUCUUCGCACUUUACUUUAAGGAUCGUCCAGAUGAUAUCGAAACAUCUGGAAAAGUUAAGCUAAAUCUAGGUAAUACACUAUAUUUUUGUGGUUUUAAAAAUUCCUUAGUACAGGCUGAGUAAACAUGACAUUAGAAGACCAGGAGGAAACUUAAAAAUGUCACAGAAUUGCUCCUAUUCUGUCAACCCCCAAAUCUGGCUAUUUGGAAAUGUGUGAGUCAUUUGGGGAUAUUCUGUUCUUCUUCUGAAUGCAUUGGAAUUGUGUCCUCACUGCUCCAUUGAAUUCAAUUUAAAAUGAGAAAGGCUCUUUUCUGAAAGACUCAUUUCAGGUCUUUCUCAAGAAUAGUAAACACAUUAAAAAAAGGUUGUAAUAUUUCAAAGGAAAGUUUUGCCUAUUUUAUUAAGAUGGAAAUUUCUUUUAAAGCUGAUUUAAAGUCCAACGGAAGGUUUUUAAUCAAUAUUUUAAAUUUCAACCACUAGAGAUUUUUAUGAUGCAAAUAAUUAUGUUGUCUGAAAGAUGUGGUUUUAUUGAAUGUCUAUUUGAGUAACAUUUAAAAAGUAUUUACCUUUUACUGU